AUGACUGAAACUGCAGUUUGCGUUGGAACGUUCACUGCUGUCAAGACACUUUGGGAAGUGAGAAUACACAAGAUAAAUGAAGAAUUACAGAAAGAAAAGGAAUUCAGACAGAGGUCUGCAGGAAGGCUACUACUUGUAUGGGAGGAGAGAGCUGCUUUAGCAAAGCUCAAAGAAAAAGUUAUUCAUGAAGAUGGAAGAGCAAUUUUAAGGAUAGAGGAAGAAGAAUGGAAGACACUACCGUCGUGCUUAUUGAAACUAGUCCAUCUCCAGGAAUGGCAGCUUCAUAGAACUAGUUUGCAGAAAAUUCCUCAGUUCAUUGGAAGAUUUCACAACCUUGUUGUUCUGGAUCUAUCCCGGAACUCAAUUGAAAGUGUACCUAAAGAAAUUGGCCAGCUGACUAGUCUCCAAGAACUGCUUCUCAGUUACAAUAGAAUAAAGUCUGUUCCUAAGGAAAUAAGUAACUGCGUCAGUCUGGAAAGAUUGGAACUGGCGGUGAACAGGAGUAUCUGUGAUCUUCCUCCUCAGCUCGGUGAUUUAAAGAAGCUUUCACACAUAGAUUUGUGCAUGAAUCAGUUUACUACCAUCCCUUCAGCUCUCCUCAACAUGCCCAAUCUAGAAUGGUUAGAUAUGGGGGGAAAUAAACUCCGGGAGCUUCCUGAUGCAAUUGACAGAAUGGAGAAUCUCCACACUUUAUGGCUCCAAAGGAAUGAGAUAAACUCUUUGCCAGAAACCAUUGGUAAUAUGAAAAAUCUUAGUACUCUUGUUCUUAGCAACAACAAACUUAAGGAUAUUCCAGCUUGUAUGAAGGGCAUGACAAAUCUGAGAUUUGUCAACUUCAGAGACAACCCACUGGAGUUAGAGGUAACACUCCCUCCAUGCGAGAACACAGAAGAAGAGGAGCAACAGGAAAUGUUUGGCAUUGAAUUCAUGCACCUGUAUAUCCAGGAGUCACUGAAGAAAACAGGAAAUCUGGAAACUUGUACUGCUCGUCCUUCUCCUGUCAUAAAUGCUAAUGAAUAA